AUGGCUGCUCAAGGAUUCUCCGUUUACGUCGGAAACGUUCCAUAUCAGGUUUCCGAGGAGGAGAUCGGACAGUGGUUCAGCAGUGUUGGAGUUGUCAACAAUGUGAGAAUCGUAUUUGAUCGCGAAACCGGACGUCCAAGAGGAUUCGCCUUUGUCGAGUUCACCGAUGAGGCUGGAGCCCAGAGAGCCGUUGAGCAACUCAAUGGAGCGUCCUUCAACGGACGCAAUCUCCGUGUCAACUAUGCCAACAAAUAA